AUGGAUUAUAAUGUACCUUGUAAUAUAAAUACUAAUGAAGAUAAGGAAAAUAUUUUAAAAAAUGAAGAGAAUUAUUCCAUAAGUAAAUUAAAUCCAAAUAAUUCAAUGAAUGAUGUUAAAAUAAAAGAUGAAAUUAAUAAUUUAAAGCAAGUAAAAAAUGAAAAUAGUUUUGAUUUUCCUUAUAAUAGUAAGGAUGAUUUUAAUAAUUUUUGUAAAAAUGAAGAAAAUACCAAAAACCUUUAUGAUACAUAUGAUAUAAAUAUGAAAAAUAAUAGCAUUUAUAUUAACAAUAAUAAUGAUAGCAAUAAUGAAAUUAAUAUUAGUAAUAGUGAAAAUAGUAACAAUGAUGAUAAAAAAAACUUUCAAAACAUAAAUCAAUAUAAUAUAAAUAAUAUAGUGAAGAACACGAAUAAUUCAACCAAUACAGAUGAUUUAGCUGAAAAUAUAAAUAUACCACAAGAAAUAUCUAAGUGUUCAUUAAAAAAUAUAGAUAAAUUAAGUAAUAAUAAUAUAAAAAGUUCGGAAGUAAAUAAUGUAAAUAAAUUACCAAAUGAUACAAAUAUAAUUAAAAUUAAUCAAAAUGAUUCUGAACAGUUCAUGUCAAAAAGUCCCCCUCCUAUGAAUAAUUUACAAGAGAUUUUUGUGAAUCCAGUACAUACUGAUUAUUUAAUGAAUAACAUUCAAAAUAGUUUUACAAAUUAUUUUCAAGGAGGUGAUCAAAAUGUGCCUAAUAGUUUAACAUACUCUCAAUAUAAUGCUAAUAUUUUAGCUGAAAAUAGGAAUGUAUGUCAAAAUGAAAUGAGCUUAAAUGAAAAUAUACAUAGCAAUGACAUAAAAAGUUCAUAUCCUUAUACUAGCGUAAAUAAUGUUCAACAAAAAAAUAUGAACAGUACAGAAAUAGGAGAAUUUGAAAACAGUCAUCUUAAAAAUAAUGAUAAAGAAAUAAAUAAUUCAGAAGAAUACGAAAAUAAUAAAAAAAUAUAUUUGAAAGAAACAAAUGAUAAUUCCUUAAUGCAUCCACACAACACAUUCUUAAGAAAUAUUGUUAUAAAAAAACCAACAAAUAUGAGAAAUAGUAUUCAUAAUAUGAAUUUAAAUAAUGUAAAAUCAAUGACUAUUGAUUCUUAUAAUAUAAGUCAAAUAAAUAAUAAUAAUAUAGAUAAUAUUACAAAUAAUAAAACAAACCGAUUAUAUAAAAUUCCAUUUUUUAGUAGUAAAUAUGAAAAUGAGAUAAAUGAGGAAGAUUUAAAAUAUAUUUAUUCAUUUUUGAAUAAUGAAAUUGUUAAAUCAGAUGAAUUUGAUAAAGAAAUACAUAGAGUAAAAAAUGAGAUAAUAAAUUUAUAUAAAAACGAACCUAUGCAAUUGUUAUCACUAGAAAAAUGUUUAUCAAAUAUAAAAUCAAAUAAGAAUUUAAUUGAAGUUUUAUUUUUUAUUUUAGAAAACAAUAAAUUAAUUAAUAUGCAAUAUGAUCCUCAAUACGAUGAAAUUAAAAAUAUGAAUUAUUUAAAUUUUGAAGAAAUUAAUAAUAUGCAUAAAAAAUUGGGAAAUCGUGAUAUUGAUAAUAAAAAAGAUGUAAACGAAAAAAAUUGUAGUAAAACUUUAGAAAAAAAAAAUCUGAAUAAUGAAGAAAUUAAAUCAAAUUAUUAUAAUGGUGAUAAUAAUAUUAAUUUUAUAGAUAAGGAUAAUAUGCAUAACUAUUUUUCUAAUAUAAAUGAAGAAAAUUACGAUAAUGCAAAAUUUAUAAAUAAUAACUUACCAUAUAUCAAUAAUAAUAGACGUUUUCAUCCAAAUAUGAAAAUAAUGAAAAAUGAAAAUGAUAAAAAUGAAUGUAAUGAUAAAAAUGUUUAUAAUAGUUUAUCAAAUAAUAUUCCUACAUGUAGUAAUGAGAAUAAUGUGAUGUAUAACAUGAACCCAUUAAAUAACACAAAUGAUUUAAAUAUUAUCAAUAAUAUAAAUUAUGCUAAUAAUAAUUUAAUUAAUUCUUUUAAUUUAAAUUACAAUAAAUCUGAUUACACAGAAUCGGUGAAAAAUAAUUUUAAUACAAAAAACUAUUUUAAUUCUAUGCAAAACUUAAAUAACUCUGAUGACUAUAUUUCUCUUAUGGCAAAUAAUAAUUUAAAUACAACAGAAACAAGAAAUGAACAUAAUGAAAAUAAAAAUGAUGUUAUUUCAAAUAAUUUAAACAAUACUUAUGAAUGUUUAAAGAAAUCUAUACAUUUAGAAGAUACUGAUAAAAAGUUAGGUUCAUUUGAUGAAAAAAGCAAAAUGUAUGAGAGUAAAGAAAAUAUUAUAACAAAGGAAACUGAUAAUAAGGUAUAUAAAUGUGUUAGUUGUGGGAAAAUGUGUGUAUAUGUUUAUUACAUUCUGAAACCAAAUAAUAUAAAAAAAAUUUCAUAUGGAGUCUUAGAUAAAUGUAUUUGGUGUAGUAAUUGUUAUAAUUUAAGCAAAUAUCCAAAUAUUCUGAACAGUUCAAAUUUUGUCAAAGUUAAUGUACCAUAUAAUGUCUCAAAUAGUGAAUGGAAUAUAACAGAAAUUGAAAAAUUAAUUGAAGGAAUAUGCAAAUAUAAAAAUAACUGGGAAAAAAUAAGUCAAUUUAUCGAAACAAAAACACCAUAUGAUUGUAUCUAUAAAUUUAUAUCUAUGCCUUUAUCAAAUCCAUAUUUUGAUUUAGAUAAUAUUUUUAAUAUUAACAAUUUUUCAUUUAAUUCAUUUAAACAAAAUAAUACCCUCUUAUCUCUUUUAUCAUUUAUAUGUAAUCAUAUUAGUCCCUUUAUCGGAGCAUAUGCAGCAAAAAAGAUUGUUGAUCUUAUUUUAGCCAAACAAAAAAGCUAUAUGACUACUAACGAAAAUGAGGACGUAGAUAAAUAUGAAGUAAAACACAAAAUACAAUUAGAAGAAGAUAUAAAACCAAAAUAUGAGAUAGGAGAAGAUAUAAAAAAAGAGGAAUGUAAAAAAGAAAAUAAUAAUUAUAAUGGAGAAAAAAAAAAAAAAGAAUACAAAGAUAUUCAAAAUAAUGAAGAAUAUAAAUUAUGUAAUGAUAAUGUUAAUAAUAUAUCAAUAAAUAAUGAGAUAAAUGAUAACUGUUCAGAAAGAUUACAACACAAUAAUGAGGAAAAAAAUGUUUCGAGAAAUGUAGAAGAAAAUAGUGAUAACGCAAAUAAAGAAAAUUUGUCUUUUUUAACUUUUAAUAAUGAAAAAGACAAUAAGGAAAAAAAUGAAGAAAAAAUAAAAAAUACAGAUAAAAAUGAAAUGUUAAAAAAUGAAAUUAUAAAAAAUAAAAAUGCACACAUUGAAAAAGCAGAAAAUAAUGUAAAAUGUGAAGAAGAAAAUUCACAAGAAAAUAAUAAUUUUAGUAAUUCAAAUUACGUACCACUUAAUUUUAAUGAUUCUUUUAAAAAAAAUUUCUCUACAUAUAUUUUAAAAGAAAAAGAUAUGCAAGAGAUUCAUAACACAGUCAUUAACUCAUCGAAAAAAAGGGCAAAACAGUUAGCAGACUUAGAAGAUCACAAUUUAAAAAAUCUUUUAAAAGAGCUUGUAUUAAUUAAUACAAGAAAGUUGAAACUAAAAUUAAAACAAUAUCAGUAUCUUCAAAGCUAUUUUGAUAUUCAAAAUCAAUUAAUGGAAAAAAAAAGAAUGCGCUUAAAUGAAGAUAAGGGCAACUAA